UUGCAGGUCAUGGGCUUUGGUUUGUUUUUGAUGGACAAUGAGCUCUGCAAUAUCAACAAACUUGAUCAAAAGAAAAACCUAAAUCUCAGUAAAAUCGACAGAAUUUUCAAGGAUCUAGAGGUUUUCCCUCUCUUUGGUGACGUGCAAAUAGCGCCAUUCAACUAUAUGAAGCGCUCGAAGCAUUUCGACCCUGGAAAAUGGGCCUUUAUCGAGCUCUACUAUGAUCAGUCCCCAAGCUGAUUUGAUGGUGCACUUGCUGCAAAUUCAAAAAGACAUGUCAAGUACAUCGGUGAGCUUGCUAUCUACAGUAAUGAGGUACCUCCUCUCCCGCUCACAAAUCCCCUCUCCAUUUUUAUUGUUAUUUUAAUUUUUUAUACCUCUGCUUUAGAAAUAACAAGUGUGAAUGAACAGUAUCCAACAAAUAAAGCGAGAAAUGUUCUAAUAAAUUUUUAACAUGGAGCAUUCUCAUAAGAAAUUGAAUUUAAAUUGAAAUCUAGUGUAUCGAGCAUGUGAUCUGUUUUCGGGGUCAUUCCAUAUAGAACCUACCAGCCAUGCAACCGCCCGACUCGGAUUUUGAUGAUAAAUUUUUUCUUGAUCAGACCACCAAAUAAUGAACUUCUGCAAAAUAUUAGGUCUCAAAUCGGAAAACUCACUGAGAUAUGAAUUUUUGAAGUUUUAAGAAUUUUCAAGAAAGAGACGUUUCAAACUUCCGAGAAAGAGAGGGUCAUUUUUCCGAAAAAAAUUCACCCCGGGCCUAUUUUUCGUCGGAUUGAAGUGAAAAUUUGACACAAUGUCAAUAAAAGUAUGUAGACUUGAGAAAAAAAAUGCCUAAAAUGUUUGACUUUACUCAUUGAUGUGCUGCGGUUGAUUGUUUGUUGUGAUUUUGUCUGAUUUUAGCGGCAAAACCCUCCCCCCUUCAAAGGCCCAUAACUUUUGAGCUGCAAGUUAUUUUUUGCUCCAAUUUUUUUUAAAAUGCUCCUAAGAGUAUGAGAAAGACGCCUAAAGAACAAUUCUGAUGGUGUUUUGGGCUUUAGUAUCUUUUUUUUCACUUUUGUCCAAAAAAAGCCUGAAAAACUGAAAAUAACACCAAAAUUAUUCCGAUAAUCGUCCAUUACCCUGAAUAGUCAACUCAAAAAUCGCUCAAUUUUUGCCUGAAUGGUCCUUACUGUGUGUACAAUAUGUUUGAAAAAUAAAAUCAAUGGUAUUUUGGGUUUCAAUAUCUUUAACUUUGAGUUUUUUUUCGAAAGAAGGCAAGCAAAACUGAAAAACACUGAAAUUACACCAAUUAUCGGCCCUAACUUUGGAGUAGCAACUCAAAAAUUGCUCUCAUUUUUACUGAAUGGUUCUCACUGCAUGUGAAAUGCGUCUGAGGAAUAAAAGUGAUGGUAUGUUGGGUUUCCAUAACCCCUCUCCCAACAUUUUUACUCAAAAGAGGCUCCCUUAACUGAAAAAAGCGCUAGGAAAAUCUCAUUAACCGACCAUUACAUUGAAAAAGCAAUUGAUUGGGGGCCCAGAUUUUUCACCAAAGGCCUCUUGUGCGGGAAGCACACUAACUUGAGGAGUGAAUAUAGUGUAUUCUUGGUUGUAGUAGUUUUCCCCUUCACUCCAAUCUUUACGAUCGCCUUUAAAGUAAGGAGAUAAAACUGCAGGUAUCCCUUAACUGAUGGGGAUCCCUAUUCCCUAUUCGCAUUUAAAUGUGAUUUACAGACUCCUGGAUGGCAUCAUUAUGAGGUUAAUAACUUUCAAAUGUAUUCUGAAAUUAAAAAUCUGAGGACAAGAUAAAAAGGGCUAAUAGGAAUUAUCAGGACAUGAAAUUGUUAAAAAUUGAGGAAGGUUAUUCAUGCUGACUAGAGUUGAAGUAUUGUAAUUAUUAGUUUUGAAAAAUUGAGUUUUCUCUUUAUUUCCUCAACAUCUCAAGCAAGGGUUUCACUCUUAAAGGGAGGGGGAAAAUAUGUACAAAAAUUAUGUAUUCAGAUAUUUUACGAUAAAAAAAUAGAAUGUUAUCAAUGAAGUAACUGUAAGGCUUGCCCUUGAUUCACUCAAUUCAGAACUUAGUUCCCUUUUCAACUUGAAGCAUUAAAUUUACUUCA